AUGGUGCAAGCUUUGCCGACGACUGCCCAUGUCUUUGCUUCCAAACUCCAUUACUACGGCCUUGGUGUCCGUGGCCUCAUCGUCACCCCUCCCCGCGACGUGCUGGCCAUGGAGGCCACAGCCAUCGUGUUCCGAGUACACACGAGGUACUCGGGGGCUAGGGUCCAUGCCCAGCUGGUCGUGCAUGCAGCAUUCGCGCCCUCGGAUUUGUCCAUCACCAUUCCAAGCGUCAACUUGCUCCACCACUCGGAGUCCGCCAUCUACACCCCACAGUCACGCACUCAUGCUUGA